AUGGGCCUCUUCAGCAACAAGAAGAAGCGCAGCUCACCGUCUCUUCGCGUCUCCGACCACACUCCAUCGAGUCCUGCAUCUGCACCUCGACCUGUUGCAUCAGACCAUCAUUCUGCACAACUUGACCUUGCUAUUGCGCAAGUCAUCAGUGCGCUUGAACAGCGUGGCUUACACUACGACCCGUCACGAUGUCGUACCCUACUCAUGGGUCGAUUCUGCCACGGCGACCCGGGGCGUGCCGUCAACCUCGCGUUAGCUUUGCGCGAUGCAGAGGACCUGAUCCUUGUGGAAGCACAUGCAGGAACACUACUACAGGGAGUGGAGAAUCUAAGCGGCACAACAUGCUAUCUGGAUGCAUUGCUAUUUGCCAUGUUUGCACGAACGGUGCCCUUAUUCGAUGCUUUGCUCUAUCAGGACCGGUCAGAUGUGCCUGAGGCGACGCGGCUCGCAGUCAAUUUGAGACUCUUUGUCAAUCUUCUACGGACAGGACAUUUAAUCACUGGUGAUCUCGUAUCAAUGAUACAGACAUCCAUUGCUGGUUGCGGUUGGCAAGAUGCGCUGUCCAGUGGCCAGCAAGACACGUCUGAAUGCUUUGGCUUUAUUGCUGAAGUGUUACAAAUGCCGACAUUGACCUUCAAAGUUUACAUCGCACAUGGCGGCAAGCAAGACGCAGCUGACUUUAAGAUUGUGCAGGAACGUUUCCUUGCGCUGAGUGUGCCGAAGCCACCGACCAAGCAUGGCGCCAUUCCGCCUGUUGAGCUCGUUCACUUGAUGGAUGCUUAUUUUCACAACAAAUUGGAAGUGCGACGGCCUGUUGCACGGAGUCGCAGCACACUCAUGUCGAUUGCUGCCGUCAAUGGGUUUCCCACCGAGAAGCAGGGAAAGAAGGACAAGGAAGUCACGAUGCAGGCUUGGGAGCUGUUUGAAUUGGUGCCUUACUACUCAGCAAGCGACAACUCGCCUCGGCAACAAGCUCUAGCCAGAGAACCUCCCGUCGUUGGCAUUUGCCUCAAGCGCUACUACUUUGAUUCCCAUGGCAAUCCAGUCCUUAAUCCUACGCCUAUCAUCAUCCCAGAAUUCAUUGACAUGUCCUCCUAUGUCGAUGCCGAAGCGAGUGCCAGCAAGACCAAGAAAAUCGUCAGACUACGCCUCGAGUCUGCCGUUUGUCAUCGUGGUACGCGCGUAGCGAGCGGCCACUACGUCUCCAUCUGCAGAGCAGAAGCUGGCAUGUGGCUCCUCUUCGAUGACCUGGCACAUCCGCAUCGCAUUAGGCAAGCAACGUUUGGCGAGCUCUUUUCACGGGAAGUGCCGUACCUGCUCUUUUACCAGCUCGAGGUAUUUGAGACGCGUCCAGCGCGACCGAUGAGACGAGCACCCAGUGUACCAAACUUUGGUCAAGUGGUUAAUAAUUCGUCUGACUCUCUUCCGCCACCGUUGCCGCCAAUCAAUUGGCGGACGCAUCCUCUGAGACAAGCGCAGGAGGGAAUAAGUGUGCCUUCUUCGGUCAUACCGAGUUCUUCUCAAGGGGCACCUUAUCCAGUUGAUCGAAAUAUAGAGGAGAGGACAAAGGUAUACUUUCGUUAA